CUUUCUCGCCGUCGGGCUCUCGGUCCCUGGAGCCUCCUGCGCCGCCGAGGGGGCGGGCCCUGCAGCCUUUGUUGCCGCAGGCCGGGUCCCGACGCGGGAGCUGCGCGCGGGCCGGGCAUGUCCUGAGCCGGACCCGGACCCGGCAGCGAGCGGACGGGACGGACUAGAGCGCGCGCGCGGGGUACCCCCCGGCGCUGCCCGCCCCGGCCAUGCCCGGCCGCCCAAGCGUCCGCGGCGCCCGCAGCGCCCGCAGCCCCCGCAGCCCCCGCAGCCUCGCGCCGCGGCUGCGCCCCCUGCUCCUGCUGCUCUGCGCCCUGGCGCCCGGCGAUCCCGGACCCGCACCAGGGCACGGCGUGGACGGCCGCGCGGCGCUGGACAUCGUACACCCGGUGCGCGUGGACGCAGGGGGCUCCUUCCUGUCCUACGAGCUGUGGCCGCGCGCGCUGCGCAAGCGGGACGUGUCCGCGCGCCGCGCCGCGCCCACCUUCUACGAGCUGCAGUACCGGGGGCGCGAGCUGCGCUUCAACCUGACCACGAACCCGCACCUGCUGGCGCCCGGCUUCGUGAGCGAGACGCGGCGGCGCGGCGGCCUGGGGCGCAUGCACAUCCGCGCCCGCCUGCCUGCCUGCCACCUGCUCGGCGAGGUGCAGGACCCCGAGCUGGAGGGCGGCCUGGCGGCCAUCAGCGCCUGCGACGGGCUGAAAGGUGUGUUCCAGCUCUCCAACGAGGACUACUUCAUCGAGCCCCUCGAGGGUGUCCCAGCCCGGCCCGGCCACGCCCAGCCCCACGUGGUCUACAAGCGCCAGGCGCCAGAGAGGGAAAGCGCGACCGGCGACCCCAUGGCUGCAGGCACCUGUGGGGUACAAGCCCCUGACCCCCAGCUCCUGGGGCCCACAGCAUCGGCGGAGCCGGAGGCACGGCGGGAGCGCUGGGAGCAGCGGCAGGAGGGGCGGCGGCAGCCACGGCCGAGGCGGCUCCAUCAGCGCUCGGUCAGCAGAGAGAAGUGGGUGGAGACCUUGGUGGUGGCCGACCCCAAAAUGGUGGAGUACCACGGGCAGCCGCAAGUCGAGAGCUACGUGCUGACUAUCAUGAACAUGGUGGCCGGCCUGUUUCACGAUCCCAGCAUUGGGAACCCCAUCCACAUCACCAUCGUGCGCCUGAUCCUGCUGGAGGAUGAGGAGGAAGACCUGAAGGUCACACACCACGCAGACAACACCCUGAGGAGCUUCUGCCGGUGGCAGAAGAGCAUCAACAUGAAAGGGGACGCCCACCCGCAGCACCAUGACACGGCCGUCCUGCUGACCAGGAAGGACCUGUGUGUAGCCAUGAACCAGCCCUGUGGGACGCUGGGCCUGGCCCAUGUGGCGGGUAUGUGCCAGCCGCUCUACAGCUGUAGCAUCAGCGAGGACACCGGGCUGCCGCUGGCCUUCACCGUGGCCCACGAGCUCGGACACAGCUUCGGCAUUCAGCAUGAUGGAAACGGCAAUGACUGCGAGCCUGUUGGGAAACAGCCUUUCAUCAUGUCUCCACAGCUCCUGUACGACACCAUCCCCCUCACCUGGUCCCAAUGCAGCCGCGAGUACAUCACCCGAUUCCUGGAUCGAGGGUGGGGCCUGUGCUUGGACGACUCCCCCAGCAAGGAUAUCAUCGACUUCCCUUCCGUGCCACCUGGGGUCCUCUACGAUGUGGGCCACCAGUGCCGCCUCCAGUACGGGGCCUACUCCACUUUCUGUGACGACAUGGAUAAUGUGUGCCACACUCUGUGGUGCUCUGUGGGGACCACCUGUCACUCCAAGCUGGAUGCGGCCGUGGAUGGUACCAGGUGUGGGGAGAACAAGUGGUGUCUGAACGGGGAGUGCGUGCCCGUCAGCUUCCGGCCCGAGGCUGUGGACGGCGGCUGGUCUGGCUGGAGCGCCUGGUCGGUCUGCUCGCGGAGCUGCGGCAUGGGUGUGCAGAGUGCUGAGCGGCAGUGCACGCAACCUGUGCCCAAAUACAAAGGCAAGUACUGCGUGGGCGAGAGGAAGCGCUUCCGCCUGUGCAGCCUGCAGGCCUGCCCGCCCGGCCACCCCUCCUUCCGCCAGGUGCAGUGCAGCCGCUUCGAUGCCAUGCCUUACAAGGGCCGGCUGUACACGUGGGUGCCCGUGGUCAAUGACGUGAACCCCUGUGAGCUGCACUGCCGCCCGUCCAACGAGUACUUUGCUGUGAAGCUGCGGGACGCUGUGGUCGACGGCACCCCCUGCUACCCGGGCCAGCCUGGCCACGACCUCUGCAUCAACGGCAUCUGCAAGAAUGUGGGCUGUGACUUCAAGAUUGACUCCAGGGCUGUCGAGGACCGCUGUGGCGUGUGUCACGGCAACGGCUCCACCUGUCACACUGUGAGCAGGACCUUCGAGGAGUCUGAGGGCCUGGGCUACGUGGAUGUGGGGCUGAUCCCGGCCGGUGCCCGUGAGAUCCGCAUUGAGGAGGUGGCGGAGGCCGCCAACUUCCUGGCCCUACGCGGCGAGGACCCCGAGAAGUACUUCCUGAACGGCGGCUGGACCAUCCAGUGGGCCGGCAUCUACCGGGUGGCCGGCACCACCUUCACGUACGAGCGCAUCGGCAACUGGGAGAACCUCACAUCCGCCGGCCCCACCCUCGAGCCCGUCUGGAUCCAGCUGCUGUUCCAGGAGCGCAACCCCGGGGUGCGCUACGAGUACACCAUCCAACGGGAGGCGGACGGCCCUGGCCAGGUCGAGCCGCCCAAGUUCUCCUGGAGCUACGGGCCCUGGACCCAGUGCACGGUCACCUGCGGCACAGGUGUGCAAAGGCAAAGCGUGCACUGCACUGAGCGACAGGCGGGGCCCGUGGACGAGAGACACUGUGACCCCCUGAGCCGGCCCGACGACAGGCAGCAGAAGUGCAAUGAGGAGCCCUGCCCAGCCCGGUGGUGGGCAGGGGAGUGGCAGCAGUGCUCCAGCUCCUGCGGCCCCGGGGGCCUCUCCCGCCGCGCUGUGCUCUGCAUCCAGAGUGUGGGGCUGGACGAGCAGAGUGCCCUGGAGCCGCCCGCCUGCGCCCACCUCCCCCAGCCACCUGCCGAGACCCCUUGCAACCGCCACGUGCCCUGUCCGGCCACCUGGGCCGUGGGGGACUGGUCUCAGUGCUCGGCGACGUGUGGGGAGGCCACUCAGCACCGAAGUGUCUUCUGUACCAAUAACACCGGCGUCCCCUGUGAUGAGGCCCAGCGGCCAGCUGCUGGGGCCCCCUGUUCCCUGCCGCCCUGUCCUCGGGGCCCGGACCCCGAAGGCUCAGGCAGCGGCUCCCCCAGCCACGAGCUCUUCAAUGAGAUCGACUUCUUCCCCGACCGCCUGGCCUCACACCCUCUGCUCCCCUCACCCUUUGAGCCGGCUAGCAUGGACAACGCCAUCAAGGAAGACCCGGAGCCAGGCCCGCCGGGGCCCGUGUUUGUGGACGAUUUCUACUAUGACUACAACUUCAUUAACUUCCACGAGGACCUGUCCUAUGGGCCCUUCAACGAGCCAGACCCAGACCUGGCAGGGGCAGGGGACUGGACACCCCCACCCCUGAACAGUCCUGCCGAGUCCCCCACAGGCACCCCCCUGCCGGCCUCCGAGCCUCCUGGGACCGCAGAGGAGGACGCACGGGGAGACGGGACCCCUGCCCCUUGGCCCAGCCAGGCUGGCCGCUCUCUGGCCCCACCCUCGGAGCAGGCCCCUGGGAACCCCCUGGUCAAUUUCUUACCUGAGGAGGACACCCCCACCGAGGCCCCAGACUUGGGGUUCCCUAGCUGGCCCUGGAUCCCUGCUUUAAUCGGUGGCAUGGAGACACCUGCUGCCCCUGGGGGCCCAAACAGGCUCCCCGGAGGGGAAGACGGGCGGAGCCAGCCGAACCCCCCACGCUGGCAGGGGGCCAACGAGCUCUCUGAGGACGAGGAGGAAGACUUAGACCCCCAAACAACCAGCCUGCCCCAAGGCCCCGCGGACACCAAGCUGUGGCCCCCCAUCGGGGGAGCUCCUUCCCCUCCUGCCCCAGCCGCUCUGCCAGCCACCUGGGGCAGGGCCGGCCCCCUGGAACCGGGCACUCCCACCCCUUCAGCCCCGUGGGACCUGCAGACCGCAGCUGUGCCAGGAACCUUCCUUCCGGUGCCCACCCCUGGCCUCGAGCACCCAUUUUGGGGGCUGGCUCCAGGACCUGUGGGCCAGCCUGAAGGCCCUGGCUCUGAGGCGCCCCCGAGCCCCGUGCUGCUGCCUGCACCCGCUCAGGACAGUUCGGCCAACAGCAGCAGAGUCCCCGAGGCCGAGCCCCUGGACCCCAGCCUGGCCGAGGAGGGGCCACCAGCCAGGAAUGCCAGCUGGGAGGUGGGAAACUGGAGCGAGUGCUCCACCACCUGUGGCCUGGGUGCCGUCUGGAGGUCCGUGCGCUGUAGCUCCGGCCGCGAGGACGACUGCCCUCCCGCUGGCCGGCCCCAGCCCGCCCGCCGCUGCCACCUGAGGCCCUGUGCUGCCUGGCGCACGGGGAACUGGAGUAAGUGCUCCCGCAGCUGUGGCGGAGGGUCCUCCGUGCGGGACGUGCAGUGUGUGGACAUGCGGGACCUGCGGCCGCUGCGGCCCUUCCACUGCCAGCUGGGGCGGGCCAAGCCGCCGGCGCACCGUGCCUGCGGGCUGCAGCCCUGCCUCAGCUGGUACACCUCUUCCUGGAGGGAGUGCUCGGAGGCCUGUGGUGGCGGCGAGCAGCAGCGUCUGGUGACCUGCCCAGAGCCGGGCCUCUGUGAGGAGACGCUGAGACCCAACAGCACGCGGGCCUGCAACACGCACCCCUGCACGCAGUGGGUGGUGGGGCCCUGGGGCCAGUGCUCGGCGGCCUGUGGCGGCGGUGUGCAGCGGCGUCUGGUCCGGUGUGUCAAUACCCAGACGGGGCUGCCCGAGGAAGACAGCGAGCAGUGCGGCCACGAGGCCUGGCCCGAGAGCUCCCAGCCGUGCGGCGCCCAGGACUGCGAGCUCACCGAGGCACCCCGCUGCGAGCGGGACCGUCUGUCCUUCGGCUUCUGCGAGACCCUGCGUCUGCUGGGCCGAUGCCAGCUGCCCGCCAUCCGCAACCAGUGCUGCCGCUCCUGCCCCACUCCGGGCGACGGAGCCCCCUCCCGCGGCCAUCAGCGCGUCGCCCGCCGCUGACCAGCCCCGUCCGGGCCGCACGGAUCCACCAACCCCUCGCCGAGACGCACGGACCUCACGCCCCACCGGGGGCUGCACCCCGAAGGUGCUAACCCGGCCUGCUGGUGGCGGGCUGGGGACCCCUCCCUCAAGAAAAAGUAUUUUUUUAACAGUUUGCAUAACCUUUAUUGUUAUUAUACAUAAAUGAGCACCCAGUUCUAA